UUUGACAGCUUAUAUAUUUACGUCUUCUUUGUGAACUUUGCACAUUUUCUAGAUUCUUGGAGUUUCUGUAACAAAUAUCAUACAAUAUCAUUGUGUGUAAUGGUUGAAGUCAAAUUAUAAUAUUUCCAUACAAGAGUCUAAGAUUUCUCUGAAGAUGUCGUUAAAUAAACUGGUUGGUGGUGACUGUGGGGGCAAUAACUCUCUUAUCCAGCUAUCGAAUAUUGUUCGUCGGGAUGCUAACUCACAAAUGCAAUCUCGUGCCGACAGUAUGGUUAGUGAAUUCUUGGCACAGAAUUAUCAUCCACAGGCUACCUUUAACAUGAAUGCUUUGCUAAACAAUUUACCCAAGGAGAAUGUGCAAAAAGGCGCCUCAACAUCAUCGUACGUUCCAGAAGUCAGUGCUCAUCACUCAGUCAGUAGACCAUGGACUGCAGGGCCUUCUCCAUCAUUCAUGGCACAAUCAAUGAUGCCAGGCUUUCAUAUGAUGCAGCAACCAAUGUUACAUCAACAGCCAGUAGCAAACAUCCCAAUUCAAUUUGUCAAUGAGGCAGAAGUUGAAGCUAUGGAAAGUGAUGAUGUAAAAGCAAAAGCUCAAGAAUAUGUUAAUAGUGUAAAAGAGGAUGAUGAGUUGGCGUACAAUCAGUUCAUGUCGUUCAUGAAGAAAAUAAGUGCCGGAGAACUCAACUUAGGUGAAUCAGAGGUAAAAGACCAGAGGAAACUCAGCAGAGAUGAAAUUUUAGAUGAAAUGGCUGAGAAAUACAAAGAUGAAUGGGAUAAACUCAGUGAUGUUACUAAUUAUUGGGAUACAGAGGCAGCUAAUGGAAUUGCUAAAGAAUAUACAUUCUCUGAAGGCAAUGUUAUGUUGGAAAAUAAAAGUGCUCUGGAAAUAGGCAAGGAAAAGCUCAAAAUGGGUGAUAUUCCAGGAGCUGUAUUGUGUUUUGAAGCCGCAGCUCAGCAACAACCUGAUUCUGCAGAAGCCUGGUUCCUUUUGGGGACAACACAGGCUGAAAAUGAACAGGAUCCUUUGGCAAUAACAGCUUUGAAAAAAUCAUUAGAAAUAAAUCCAACACAAUUGGAAGGGUACAUCACUUUGGCUGCAGCAUAUACAAAUGAAAAUAUGUCCAGAUAUGCUUACAUUGCAUUGUUGGACUGGUUAAAAGCUAGUCCUAAAUAUUCAGAUAUUUUCCCCCAGGAUGUGGAUCCCAGGAAAUUAGAUGUGAAGGAUUUAGAAAACCAUGUCAAGGCACUUUACCUGAAGACAGUGCACUUGAAUAUGAAUCAGAUUGAUCCAGAUGUCCAGAAUGCUUUGGGAGUAGUCUUCAACAUCAGUCAAGAGUAUGACAAAGCUGUAGACUGUUUUAAGACAGCUUUGAUGGUGGCGAGUGACAAUGCAAAAGUAUGGAACAGGCUUGGAGCCACUUUAGCCAAUAGUGACAAAUCUGAGCAAGCUGUGGAUGCUUACCACCAAGCUUUGAACUUAGAGCCUGGGUUUAUUAGGGCUAGGUACAAUGUUGGUAUCACUUGUAUGAAUCUGGGUGCACAUAGACAAGCUGCUGAACACUUCUUAGUGGCUCUGAACCAACAGCACAAAGCUACAAGCAUGUUUCCAGAAUCUUCUACUGAUACUAGUUCUUCUACAAUUUGGACAACACUAAGAAUGGUUUGCGCAUUUAUGGGAGAACAUGAACUGGCAAAACAGGUGGAUGCCAGGAAUUUAAGUGAACUCAACAAAUUUUUUGAACUAGAUUAAGAGUUUAUUACAUUCCUUCUUUCGGUUAGAUGUUAAGUGAUUAUAUCUUGUAAAUAUGUAUUAUAUAAAUUGUUUUCAAUUAUAACUGAUGGAAUAUGGAAUUCAUAAUUAUUAUUAUAACUGGUUUCAAUGUUAAUGUUAUUUCUUUUUAAGGUUUAUUUUUUUGGGUCAUGUGUAUCUUAUCUUAUUUGGGACUGAGUAUAAAUAAAAUAUAUUUUCUAUUUUUUAUAA